CACCGGGACGGCGAGGACGGGCUGCGAGCGCAGUGUGCUUCUGAAGCCAGAGCCAUGACCUGACAUCCUGAUGCCUACUGUCAGGGCCUCUGUGCGACUGGCACGUGCACCAUGGAACUUAAAGUGUGGGUGGAUGGGGUUCAGAGGAUCGUCUGUGGCGUCACGGAAGUCACAACCUGCCAGGAGGUUGUAAUAGCCUUAGCCCAAGCUAUAGGUCGCACUGGAAGGUACACCCUGAUAGAGAAGUGGAGAGACACGGAGAGGCACUUGGCCCCACAUGAAAACCCUGUCGUGUCCUUAAACAAGUGGGGGCAGUACGCUAGCGACGUGCAGCUCAUCCUGCGUCGGACUGGGCCAUCUCUCAGUGAGCGACCCACCUCAGACAGUGUGGCCCGCAUUCCUGAAAGAACUUUGUAUCGACAGAGCCUGCCACCCUUAGCCAAGCUCCGGCCUCAGGCAGACAAGUCCAUCAGAAGGAGAGAGCCUAAAAGAAAGUCCCUCACCUUCACAGGGGGGGCCAAAGGGCUGGCGGACAGUUUUGGAAAAGGUAAAGAGACUGAGUUUAGGCAGAAGGUGCUGAGUAACUGCAGGGCAACAGCAGAGGAGCUGAAGAGGCUGAUCCGGCUGCAGACAGGGAAGCUGCAGGCCAUCGAGAAGCAGCUGGAGUCCAGCGAGGCAGAGAUACGGUUCUGGGAGCAGAAGUACAGCUGCAGCCUGGAAGAGGAGAUCAUCCGCCUAGAGCAAAGGAUCAAGAGAAAUGACGUGGAGAUCGAGGAGGAAGAGUUCUGGGAAAAUGAAUUACAGAUCGAACAAGAAAACGAGAAGCAGCUGCAGGAUCAGCUGGAGGAGAUACGACAGAAGGUGACCGACUGUGAAGGCCGACUGAAGGACUACCUGGCCCAGAUCCACACCAUGGAGAGCGGUCUCCAGGCAGAAAAACUGCACCGGGAAGUUCAGGAGGCACAGGUCAACGAGGAGGAGGUGAAAGGAAAGAUCGAAAAGGUCAAGGGGGAGAUGGACCUUCAAGGGCAGCAGAGCCUGAGGCUGGAGAACGGCAUUAGAGCCGUGGAGAGGUCGCUGGGCCAGGCCGCCAAGCGGCUACAGGACAAGGAGCAGGAGCUGGAGCAAUUGACCAAAGAACUGCGGCAGGUCAACCUCCAGCAGUUCAUCCAGCAGACAGGGACAAAAGUCACCGUGCUUCCGGCCGAGCCCACCGAAAUCGAGGCCUCACAGGCAGACAUAGAGACAGAGGUGCCAUUCCAGUCCGGGUCCCUGAAGAGACCGGGUUCAUCACGGCAGCUCCCCAGUAAUCUUCGUAUUCUACAGAGUCCCGUCUCCUCUGGUUUUAAUCCUGAAGGCAUCUAUGUAUAGCACGGACUUCGGGGGAAGGAUCCAGCAAAGGUACCAUGGACAGUAAAAUCCUUCAGAUUGUGCCAACUGAACAGAGGGUCUGUUCCUGAGCCGUAUCCUCUCUCCCAGACACACGCCACUCAGAGCCAUGCCCUGUGCACUGAUGCUGGGCUCGGAGCCAUGCCCUGUGCACUGAUGCUGAACAUGGAGCCUGUUCACUCUUCACAGUAUUGAUAUGUUGUCCAGCAGCUGGAAUGCAAAGCCUUUGUUUUUGUUUGUAGCAUUCUGAGAGCAUUAGGAAAGCAUUAAUCUAUGUUUUUUACGUGAGUACACCCUGAAUUAAGAGUAAAGAAGUUAUGUGACUGCUUAGUUUAAUUUAUUCCAUGUAAUUGAUUAAUGUAUGAAUGUUGCUCUUUAAUAUUUUAUUAAUAGUUAUCCUGUGACUUAAUUCUGUUAAAUACUGUGGGAUUCUGAUUGUGUGCAUGUUGGCAGACUCCAUCAGAGCUUUGCUCAUGUACAGCUACACAAGCCUCAUGGGCGCUCCACCGUCUGGACCGACUCCAUGGAGCCCGCCGCACUUACAUGGAGCCUCUCUUAGCCCUUGCUUAAGUGAGAUAGUUCAGCUUGCUUUCUAGUCUGGAAGUUAAUCGUUCCUUUACAGUAUUCUAAACAUGAUAUCACAGAAAUAUCAUUAAUGAGGUAAAUUGUUGGUGUAAAAUGUGGUCAGAGACAGUCCUGGCGCACUCUGAGGCUUUCUUGCCUUACUGUCUCUUCCUGGGUCCUCCGGACUGACAGAGCGUGAGAACGAGAGGUCCCUGGGGAUGGGGUUGGUGUACCCCAUCAUGCGCCAGGUGAUGCACCUCAGAACAACCCACUUCCUCCGUGAGCUCCAUGCCACGCACAGCAGUGAGUGCUGCUUGCUGUGACUUCCUAUGUGGACUGUGUGCUUUCUCUAGACAUGGAGACAGAAGGAGAGGGCACUGUGGUUGGGUAUUUUUUUACCAAGGAAAUAAAAUUAAAUUCAGAGUAUGUUUUUUAUUUUUAAGUUUGACUUUAUAGGAUAUUAGUCUCCAUUUAUAUUUAUAUCAUCUUGUGUAUAAAGCCAAAAAACAAGUCAGUACUUUUCUCCUGAGCAGUGACUUUACUACGUUCACCAGUAGACAGGUGCUGACAGGUGCCUCAGCCCUGCGCGUUCUCGCUGAGUAAAUUGGUACAAUGUAACUAAGACUUUAAUCUGAUAUCUAAAGUAGCUUUCAGUCCUGAGGAGAACGCAUCCCCUGUGUUAUUUACAUGCAAUAACAUAACGGUGGCUUAGUGGAGUGAAGCCACAGCAGCACUCAAGGCCAGCGGGCGUGCGGCCACAGCCAACUUACUUUUGGUUUAUUGAAUGUUUAAUGAUGCUGGGAAUGCUGCUUUAUUUUGGUUUCCAAUGAAACGAUUUAAGAAUGACUGUGAAGUAGUAGACACUUCUAGAGAACUGAAAUUUGUGCAAUGUUGCCUUCUUACCCAAGUGAAUCAUAGACCUCAACUGAAAUGCUGUCUUUGGGUCCUCGGGCUUACCCAGUAGGUCUUGCUGUCACUGCCUUGAAGAUGUCUUGAGAAGUACAUUAUUGUUUCUGAAAGAACCAUCCAUCGCCCAAACACAUUUGCUCCAGGCUUAUAACAAUUGUUUCGCAUCUAUAUACAUUUAAAAAUAAUAAUUCAAAGUAAUUUGUAGCUUUUGGUGGCACUGGUGGUCCACACGCCCAGCACCUGCCUUACUCUCAGACUCUUCCUCUACUGAGUCAUUGUUCAGCUAAAUUGAAACCUUGCUCAAAAAGGAAAACGUUGUACAAAUGGAUCUUCAAUUUAAACCAAAUGUUAGCUGUAGGUAGGUUAAACUGUAUGAAAAGUGAAAGGUGAAGCCGGGUAUGGUGGCUCAUGACUAUAAUCCCAGCACUCAGGGGGCUGAGGCAGGACAGUUGCUGUGAGACCCAGGCUAUCCCAAGCCACAGGGGAAGUUCUAGGAUAGCCUGGGGUCUGGUGUGAGACCCUGUGUAAAGAAAGGGAACUGCACAGAUCCCUUGACAUUCCUGGCACACACAUGGUGCACAGCACACUCGGUUGUAAACUGCCAGACCUUCCGAGGAACCUAAAGCAGGGUGGUCUUCCCACCAGCUCCCAGUGGUCCUGGUUCUCCACCGUCACCUCUGAACUUGGAAGCUGCCAGCUACUCUCCAGGCCCUCCUGUCUCCCUGACGGGCAGGGUGCAGCCACGUGAGUUCACAAACACGCUGAGUAGCUGUGCAGUGUCACGGUCACAGGACUGUCACAGGCACACCACUGUCCAGUGUUUUCUAGAUCUUUUCUUACCUCUGGGAAAACAACUAAUUUGUGUAGGAACAUCUGAAAAUAUUUUACUCUGCCAUCACAGUUUUUACUUAUUGUAACUAUAAAUGAAUUGGCUUAUGAACCCCACCUUUGGCUACAUGUCAGAGGGGUGCAGCCAAUGGUAUUCAAAAACUACCAAAUGUAAAAUUUUGCAUAUGGAGAAGUAUACUGGCUCUAAAUAAUAAAUUAGAUCACAAAUUUUUAUGUCUUUUUAAUUAGUACUGCAGGUUAUAUUAUGUGGUUUUUCUACAGGUAUUAAAUAUAUUACAAGUUUCUUUCUUACCAAUGAAUAAUUUGAAUAUCAUUGGUCUAUUUGACCUAUAGAGCAUCCUCUUCCUCAGAGAAUCACCCACGGUGGGUUACCUCAGUUUUUUGUGUGUGUUUUUUUUUUUCAUCUCCUUUAUACUUGGGCUGUUAGUGUUCCUUUUUUCUCUCAGUGAACAGGGAAGUCUUCAUAUGUGAGGCUUCAGCUGGUGUUGAUAGAAGUGACCCUCUGACUGGGCAGGUUGAUCGCUAACUCUCAGUGAGCAGCUCAGCAGCUCCGACCGUCGUGAGCAGAGCCCCAUCCAGCAGAGUCUACACAGUGAGGAUGCAGCCCGUGGUACUCGCUGUGGGGUGUGGCAGCACAGACAGAGCAGCACUGUUGCACAGCCAGGACAGUUCGGCCUUGUGGUAACACGGCUGUUUGUAAGUGCAGAGAGGUCUGCAGAGACAACAGCUCUUCGCUUAGAGCGACAUCUGGGAACACCUUUCCAAGUUAGGACCUUGACAGAUUGAGGAAAUGGUGUGGAAAAGACAAAGGCCUGAUUGCAGGCAGGCACAGGGAGACGGGCAGUUAGCAUCAGACAUUGCCUCUGACAGGAUAGGCCUUAAUGUACAUCACAAGACGCUCUGUGUGCCUCCCCCACACAAGCCCCGUCAGUGUUCUUCAGUUGUGUUUUCGUACUGUCUGCUGUGGCGUCUCUAGGCUCUGGGAGAAGGCUGCUGGCAGUGCCGAGUCACGGCCGUCAGUAUUCACUCAGUUCUGCUGCUCCACGUUUGCCCAGUGCACCUUCGAUGCCAGGACAGUGGCUGUGUCAAAGCCACGGGAGCGCCUUCCCGCUCAUUUUAUAUAUAUUUUUAGAAACCAAAUGACCGCAGACGGCUAUGUAGUUUACUGUUAAACCAGCGGAACUCUAAAGGCAAUAAGCAUAUGCAUUUAUAUGGGGGAGGGGAAAGAGUGGAGACACAGGUUUACAGCCAGACAUGGUGACAGCCCUUCAACGUAUUUCUCUGUCUCUUCACUGACCUAGAAGGAUUUGAGUUGCUGCAGCUUUAGACAGAAAACGUCCGCGUAUGCUGAUCGUGGGCCGUAAAUAUGCUUUUAGUACUGCUUUGCUGAUGUAUAAAUAAGAAAUCUGUAAUAUGUGCUAUCUGUAAUUAUUUCUUUUGACUUUAUUUCAAAAUGUAUAUUUUCUGAUUAUAUUAUCAUGAGCUAUAAAGCAAAAAGAUCAAUAUCUGAUAUUCUCCCAAAUAAUAAAUUUUCAAGAUUCAUUGGAGCAAUA